AAUAUCAUGAUUUAAUUUAAAAAUAUUAGAUCCACAAAACAAAAGGCAAAAGUCGCUUUGUAAGCGAAACUAGUUUGAUAGUACCAAAUUGGAGACGACGAUGUUUCAUGAACUAUCCUCGUAAGUCGUAACUCAGAGCCGAGUCUUCUUAUCUUUUGAGGCGGUUACGGGAAUGAGUCGUGUUUGAAGCCACUUCUUUGGUCUAAGCCAAAAAAAGAAACAAUCUUUUUAUUGGUAACUUCACAUAUAUUUCAGAGCAUAUUCAUACCAUUGGGUUCUUGGUGUUUGUUUUGUACGCAUCGAUUUGCAUUGAUUUGGUUGAUUUGAGAAACAGAGGAAGUGGUUUUUGUGUUUUUCUUUUCCUUUUUUUUUUUUUGCUGAAGAGGGAUUUUGUGUUUAGAAUUGUGUUUUUGUGAAGAGAAUUGAGUUUUGAUGGGUGGAAGUAGUUCAAGGGAGGAUAGUUGGAGGAGGAAUUCGUCCCGUCGUGCGAGUUCUUCUGCUUCUUCGUGGAGUGAGUAUCCGCAUGGUCAAGAGAGUCAUCAUAGCUAUGCACCUCACCAACAAUAUCGUUAUGCACCCCAACAAUAUCCCUAUGCACCCCAGCAAUCUUUUUCGUCUGCACCCCAACAAUCUUACGGCUAUGGGUCCUCGCAGUACCAUGAUUCGCCACCAUCGCAGGACCAGCGUGGCAGCCAUGCCGCAGAUGGUAGGAGGGGGUUGGACAGGAGAUACUCAAGAAUUGCUGAUAAUUACAAUUCCCUGGACGAGGUGACUGCAGCUCUUGCAAAUGCAGGGCUUGAGUCUUCCAAUCUUAUUGUUGGUAUUGAUUUUACGAAGAGCAAUGAGUGGACAGGUGCAAAGUCAUUCAACAGAAAAAGCUUACAUCACAUUGGAGAAAGUCGGAAUCCCUAUGAACAAGCAAUAUCCAUUAUUGGGAAAACCUUGGCUGCUUUUGAUGAAGAUAACUUAAUUCCUUGUCUUGGAUUUGGAGAUGCUUCAACACAUGAUCAAGAUGUCUUCAGCUUUUAUCCUGAUGAGAGAUUUUGCAAUGGAUUUGAGGACGUCUUGAGUCGCUACAGGGAGAUUGUUCCUCAUCUACGACUUGCAGGACCCACUUCAUUUGCACCGAUAAUCGAAAUGGCCAUGACCAUUGUUGAGCAGAGUGGUGGUCAGUACCACGUUCUAGUGAUAAUUGCGGAUGGUCAGGUGACUAGAAGUGUUGAUACUGAGCGUGGAAAGCUAAGCCCACAGGAGCAAAAAACUGUCAAUGCCAUUGUUGAAGCUAGUAACUUCCCCCUUUCAAUAAUAUUAGUUGGAGUUGGAGAUGGACCAUGGGAUAUGAUGAAGGAAUUUGAUGACAAUAUCCCUGCUCGGGCUUUCGAUAAUUUCCAAUUUGUGAACUUCACAGAAAUAAUGUCAAAGAAUGUGGCCCCAUCACGAAAAGAGACUGAAUUUGCUCUAUCAGCGUUAAUGGAAAUUCCUUCUCAGUAUAAAGCAACAAUAGAGCUCAACAUACUGGGGAGUCAAAAGGGAAAAUCACCCCAUAGGGUUCCUCUCCCUCCACCUGCAUAUGGCGCGUCAUCUUUUAGUAGCUCUAAACCUUCUCAUUUUACUAGUUUCAAGCCUAGUGUACCAAGUGUUCCUGCUUAUCACGAAGAAAGCACCUCUGUCGGCUCAGCUCCACCUGCUCCCACUUCUACCUAUGAUAACCAGGUUUGCCCCAUCUGCCUAAGCAAUCCAAAGGACAUGGCCUUCGGUUGUGGGCAUCAGACAUGCUGUGAAUGUGGAAGAGACCUUGAGACAUGCCCAAUAUGUCGAAGCCCUGUCAAUACGAGAAUAAAACUUUACUAAGCAGCUUCUUUCUCGCCUUGGUUUGUAGUUUUCGUCUUUCCUACCCCAACAUUCUUUUUUAAAUUCGUUAAUAUGUUAUGUGAUUAUAAAUGAGUACUAGCUAGGUCUGGCUGUAAGUUAGUUGCUGCCUCCGAGCUUGCGUCAUGGAUGUGGGAAAGAAUGUUAGCAGAAGAAAAUGGUGUUAGCAAAUAAAGUUACUUCCUCUGUACAUUUUUUGUAAUUGGAUUCGUGUUUUAUAAAAUUUAUUUGUAAGGAUGCUGGUGAAAAAUGUUUUGCUUAUACCAGUAGCCAAACGAAGUUUAUUUAUUCGAUGGCGUAACCGUGUAGGUUUGGAUACCUGACCUCAUUUGCUUGUAGUUGUUGACAAUCUGUUAGUUCUAUGGUUGAGUAUUUUUGCAAGUCAUGAAUGAAAUUGAUAAUAUGCUGAAUUCAGAC